AUGCGCGCUAUCCAAGUAAAGGAAUACGUCAAGGGUCCUCUCGACCUCACCGUUAGCACCCUCCCAACGCCCUCCCCGUCUCCCUCUUCUUACCUCAUCGAAAUCCACUCUGCGGGAACAAACUUCUUCGACCUCCUCCAAAUCCGAGGCAAAUACCAACACCAGCCACCCCUUCCGUGGGUCGGCGGCGCCGAGUUCGCAGGUAUAAUCGCCGCUCUCCCAACCCAAGGUGGCCCGUGGAAAUAUAAAGUCGGUGACCGCGUGUUUGGUGCCACUCAGGGUGCGUAUGCUACGCAUGUUCUUGCGCCUGAACAGACCCUCUUCCCUGUGCCGGCGGGGUGGAGCUUUGAGGACGCAGCAGGCUUGUUCGUUACAGCGCCGACGUCGUAUGGCGGGUUAGUGCAUAGGGCUAAUGUGCAGCCUGGCGAGUGGGUGCUUGUUCAUGCCGCUGCUGGUGGGGUCGGACUUGCUGCUGUGCAAAUUGCGAAGGCACGUGGGGCGACGGUCAUUGCGACGGCUGGGACGGAGAGGAAGAGGGAGGUUGCAAAGGCAUUUGGUGCGGAUUAUGUCAUUGAUUAUCGGGAGAAGGCGUGGCCGGAGCAAGUGAAGGGGCUGUGUGCGAAGAAUCGGAGUGGGAAUGGGAAGGCCGGCGUGGACGUUGUUUAUGAUCCUGUCGGGAUGAUUGAUGCGAGUUUGAAGUGUGUAGCAUGGAAUGCAAGGCUGUUGGUGAUUGGAUUCGCGGCAGGGAAUAUCGAGAAGGUUGCGCUAAAUCGGGUCUUGUUGAAGAAUGUUAGCAUUGUGGGCUUGCAUUGGGGCCAGUAUGCGCGAUUCGAGACAGAAACAGUACGUUUGGUGUGGAAGGGGAUCUUUGAUCUGAUUGCGCAGGGGAAAUUCAAGGGCACGGCCUUCAAGGACGAGAGCUUCAUUGGUUUGGAGAGUGUUCCUAAGGCGCUGCAGGCGCUCGGAGGAAGGGAGACAUGGGGGAAGGUGGUUGUCCAGGUCAUUGAUGAUAAGGCUAGCAAGCUGUAG